AUGCAAAACAGCCUCAACACGAAGAAGCCCCCUGGCGCUAGGCAGACUGAGCCUCUGAGGGAUGACAUUUGCAGAUUUUCAGAUUCACAAUGCGGUAUUCUCCGUACGCGUAUGAUCCCAAUCCAGCCAUUGGCCAGAGGACGAAGCCAUAAAGCCCGGGAGACGGUGCCUAAUCCGGCGAAAUGUGCAAAGUCUUUGCGGCAGGAACGAUCUAUCCGCGGAUUCUGUGUUGGUCGUAUACGCGUAUUCGUCACCAUGGAUGCGAGACAAUGCGACAAUCCGCGGGUCGACACAUCGACUGGCGCCCCCAUCGCGUAUCGCGACAACAUGUCCACACCCAUGAGAUUUUUAUGGCCCCGAUCCGACGGGUACUUGCCGAGUCCGCGGCUCCUCGCAACUGCAUAUGCCCAAAAGAGCUUGAAAGCCUUUACAAACACGGUCUCUUUACGUGGAUUCGCAGUUCGGCGCGUUGUGGCGCGGCUCAAACUACCGGCCCUACGAAUCCUAGUCCCCUUAGCACUCCCGUUCGGCUUUGCCCUACGGGUAACCCGAGUCAGGUACGAGAUAUGCGACUAA